AUGAGUCAAACGCAAAGUACAAGCGAAGUCGGACAAGUAAAUAAAAAAAAAAAAAAACCUAUUUGAUUUUAAAUACUUAAAUUGACGUAACCCAUUUUGUUGUUACGACACUCUGAUAAUUACGAUAUUCUGCCAUUCCGAAAAAUCAUGUGAUACGUAUAAUAAUAUGAGGUAUAGGUACUUGAUCGAUAUUAGUAUACCCGAUAGCUUAUUCGAGCGCAACUUUACGUUUGUCGUGAAUUUGCCGUCGUUAAAGUAGUUCGCGAACGACGUGCGGUAUGGAAUCCUUUGCUGUUUAAGAAUUAAUUUUUAAAUUUUGAGCGGAGUGAGGUCGGAUCAUCUUAAUCGGGUAUAUUUUUGGUUGACGGUAGCUAGGUAUUUUUUUUGUUUUACCUUUUUUUUUUUUUUUUUAAAUACUUCUAAUACGGAAAUGUCGUUUUUGUUCACAGAAGCCGACAAAGAUAAAAAUCGAUAAAUACGAAAUCAACUACUCGAAAUUCGGGAAUGGACCGCACGCCCUGUUACUGUGCCCCGGCUUAUUAGGUAGGGGCUGCUCGUCAUGUCGACAAACGCGAUUGUCCGUAGCGCGACAAUAUUCGCGGUAGAAAGCGAACGGGCUAGCCGCCCGGCAUCAGUGGCGAGAAACUCUGUAAACAAUAGCUGCCCCAUUCAGCGGAUCGCCGCACAAAAUAAAUUUCACAUCCCGCAUUUACUCGACAGCCGUGCCCCGUCACGGCGCCCCGUUAUCAAUCGUGACCGCGGCGCCUGUGCAUUUGCUUUCUAUCGCGGAAACGGCGCGCGCUGAUAAUUCGAUUAUGCGGUACUUUUCCGCGAUCCCGACCGCCGAUGCCGACGCCGGGACUACGCGCAGAGUAACGCCCGGUUCGCCGGGAAAAUCGUGCCCUCCUCCCCCCUCCCCGCCCCCACCCCGGAACGUCGACUCGGACUGGUCACGGCCCCGGCCGCCCCAAUCUUAGGGUACAGACAAUCGGACUCCUCGUACAACGUCCUCCGAACGAUAACGGAAAAGUACCAUUAACGAUAUUAUUGCGCACGGUGUGAAUUGUAACGUUAUCGUCUCAAAUAAGUGUAAUAAUAAUUUGCAAUGUCUAGGCUGUGUGGACAACUUUAAGCCGAUCAUCGACCAUUUCGAUCGCGGAAAAUACACAAUGGUCGCGUGGGAUCCUCCGGGUUACGGCCUGAGCCGGCCCCCGGACAGGGAAUUUCCGCCAAAGAUUUUGCACCGGGACGCCGACCUGGCCAUCUCACUCAUGGAUGUAACGACCUACUUAUAUUAUCAGAGAGAUUUAACAACUAAAAUAUCAAUAAAUAUUUUGAUUAGACAUUUGCACAUAGAUAUUAAACGAUUACACGGCCACGUGGACGGCGCGGUGCGAGAGAGGCGAAAAGAAAACGUAGUUCCUCUAGCUCCGCGUCGUCACGACGGCCGAUUGACGGAAAGGGUCGGGGCCAGGAGGUGAUGCCAGUUAGAUAACGAGUGUGCGGCCGUCUCGCUCGCGGGAGGUGACGAAAUUGUUGUUAUCGCACGGAUCCGGGGCAACGAACUAUGGACCGUUUGUCGGGUAGUUAUAUUCCCCGGGAGUGUGGGAGUCGUUUUUACCCGAAUCGUAGCGGGACGGGGUUCGGUUCAGCGCGGGAUGGGAAUGCAGCCGUGCAGGCUUCAAAUUAAUGCUUUAUGCGCAAAGUGAUCCGUUUUAACAUAAACUUCAUUAAGUAAAUAUAAUAGGUACUCGCAGUUUACGCGUCGUAGUUAUUUUGUCAUAUCGGAAAUAUUAACUUUUUUCGGGAUCCGCUUUUUUUUUAGAGCAUUUAAGAUACAAGUAGCCUCAUGGAAAGAUUAGCGGUACAUCAUUGAACGCCACGCAAAUGAUGCUUCACUGUAAUCUAUCUCGACCCGAAUUUUAAAGCGAAAUAUUUCGUCAAUGGGUGGGGACGGAAACGAUUUUAACACCGCCAUUUAUUUAAACUGAUAAUACUCUAUCUAUACAUGCAAUGUUCAAUUUAGAUUGCGGUUUGAAAUUUACAAGUAGGUAGUGGUUUAAGGUUUAACCUUCAAAAAUAAGUGCGCCGAAAAAUAUCAUUAACGUACGAUUUUAGUGCUGUUUGUUUCUUAAAUGUUCUAUAAAACGAAUUCCGUAAAUGUCAAUACUUUUCGAGAUAACGACUUUUCCUACCCGCUUAAUCGGACCGCCUUUCAGUACUGUAAACAAUACCGGGUUUUCUAAAUUAAAUACCGCGUCAGUCUUUGAAAAUGUUCAAUUGUACGCAAAUAGAUCAAAUUCAUAUCGGAUACUUAUCGGAUAUCUCAUAAUUUAACUUAUUAAUCAGAUAAUCUGACAAUAGCGAUAAAUAUGUUCCUAUAUUUUAUUAUUUUUUUAUUAAUUUUCCUAUAUAUAGUAGGUAACUAGUCGAAUAGUGGCACGACACUGUGUAUUAAUUAUUUUAGACUAAUCGAAAAUGUUUGUAGAAUUUGCAUUUUAAUUGGCAUCAUCAUAUUAACGUUUUUUUUUUUUUUUUUUAACUUCAUACCAAUUAUCUUAUAUUAAUAAAAAUAAUAAUAAAAUAAUAAACCAAGCACUGUCGGGUUAAGAAGGGGGACCAAGGAGGAAGUUUCCCCAGGGCGGCCACUUUUUUUAGGUGCAAACAAAAACUUUAGAAGUUUUCUAAUGCAUAAUAGAUAAGAGUUAUGUAUUGUUUAAAAGAUGUGUAAAAAGAUAAUUCGACACUAGCGUGUACAGUGGCCACCACUUAUAAGACUCAUAAUCGCUCGAAACGGUUCGCACGUAAACAUUUUCACGAAAUUAUUUUUUCAUAUCUCAUUUUGAGUUUCGUAAAUAAGUUUUUUUCAGACCAUCCCAAUAUGUGUAUAAUGGUUUGUUUAUUAGUAGUUUUAUUAUACGGUGAAAACUCUUUGUAACGAAUAUUUAGGGACCAAAAUAUUUCUUUCGUCGUGCUUUUCGCAAUGAUAAAGAAUAAGAAUACUAAUGUAUGGAUUAUCGAGCAACCCGACUGAUAUUGAAUAAUUUUCACGUUCGCGACGUUUGAUUUAAAUCGAUUUAAAUUGUUCCCGGGGACGCCGUGUUCGCAACAUCGUCAAACGAAACGAAAUAUCCGUUUCGGCGUUCGCGCCGUUUUCACGGGCGUUACUAGCCAGGAAUUUUUUCAUUGUUAUCGAUUAAUAAAAUGCUCGUACAACAGUCACAAAACGUGUCAUUUUCACGAAUCUAUUUUAUCGAAAUCGCGCAACCAUAACUGACGAUGAAUAUAAAACCGGGUCAAUCGCCGAAACGCAUUUAAAUUAAAUAAACGUUUAUUAAAUAAUUAAUAAACGCAUUAUUGAAACUCGCGUUCGCGCCGUUUCCACAGGCGUUGCACAUCGACACGUACUCGGUGUUGGGCUGGUGCGACGGCGGCAGCACGGCGCUCAUCAUGGCCGCGUCCGGCAAAACGGCCGGCCGUUUGCGUAAGGCGGUCGUCUGGAGCUGCAAGGCGUUCGUGACGGCCAGCGCCGUGGAACUGUACAACUCCAGACGGAACGUGAUCCAGUGGUCGCCGCAGGUGAAGCAGCGCAACGUGGAAAAGUACGGAAUGCCGUAUUUCCAGCACACCUUCAACGCGUGGGUGGACUGGUACCAGGGGCUGUUGCACCGAAACGCCGGCGAGAUCAUCAGCCGGCGAGAGCUGGCCGACAUCAGCGUGCCGACGCUCAUACUGCACGGCGGCCAGGACGCCCUAGUGCCCGCCGAACACGCCCUGUAUCUGCAACAAAACAUCGACAACUCGUCGUGAGUAACACGCGAUCUAAUAAAGAGACUCCGCCGCGCGCUACGGGUUCCGCGGCAAGCGCGUGUGCGCGGGACAUCGUUCGGCCUCGCUUUGGUUUCGUCGAUGCGACCGGACGGAAAAACGAUCGUGACCGUACGGGUUAUCCGCCGUGCAUGAUACGAGGCGAUCGAUCUAUCGAUGCGGACACGCACAUUGUCCCGGGAUGUAUUAACUUCUUUUCUCGAAAUCUGUUUUUUACAGAACGUUUAAGAAACGAGCCGCGAUACAUUUUCACCAUUGUGUUAUGUCAACUGUCACUUUUAUUUUCCGGUGGACGGGGGGGAAGGGGGGGGGGGGUAAAACCGCUACCUAUUUUCGAUUUUCCAACGGCAACCUAUGUUUGAAAUUCCGCAAACGUACGGUGUAUUGGUUUAGACAAUUAUGAAUGUUGAAAAUGUUGAUGUCCGUUAACACGUUGACGAAAUAUUCCGAUUUUAAGUUUUGGUCGGGAUAGAGUAGUAGAGCAUAAUUUACGCGGCGAAACGGAUUGAAGGAAACACGAAUUUUAACACCAAUAUCCAUUUAAACCAAUACUCCAUAAACGGAAUUUUUGAUGUAGGCGACUAUUUGAAAAUCAAAAUUAUAGAUAGUGGUUCACCCCCAAAAAUAAAAUUUUACCUUGGUGGUACUUUAGGGAAGUAAUUUUUUUUUAUUUUCCAAGCGUUUUUCAUAAUAAAUAGGAAAACUCGACAUUUGUCUUUUCUAAACGGGAUAACAAAUUUUAAAUUUUAACCAUUUUUAAGCAAUUUAUACACAUUUUAUUUUUGCUUGUCUUUUACGUAAUUUUUAAUCGGUAGGUACUCUGUGGGUAUAAUUGUUAGAAAAAAUAGAAAUGAUUAAAAACUUAACAGGAGGUUAAUUAUAAGUCGUACUCUGUGGUAAAAAAAAAAAUGUAUGUAAUGUAGAAUUUGUUUUAUUCGAAUUUUAUAGUAUAAAAUUCUGACGAAAAUCGUAAAUAUUACGACCUUUCGAAACAUCUGUACCUAACCGAACUUAACUCGAAAUCGUUUUUCGUUGGCAAUGGUUAAUUGUUAAACAGACAUUCAUUAAAUUCCCCUAUAUAUCCUACCUUACCAAAAUCCCACCUACAACAGUGGCCAACCCAUUGUGAGAAGUAUGCACACACUUUUUUAUAUUUUUUUUUUUUCAGAUUUACAAUCACUUAGGCAAAUCAAUGUCAAAAAAAGUUCAAUUAACAUCAACAUAGCUACUCUCUGUAAUAAAAUCUCCCGAUCUGAUAAUACGAUCCUUACGAUAUUGGUUUGUCGAAUAACUAAGCUGAACAUACCUUGUGGGAAUGUGGGCGAUGAUGUAAUGUCAUACGUAUAUGUAUCUGUUGUCAACUACCAAGUGAUAAAAUUAUCCGAAUUGCCGAACGUUAGAUUUUGUAAUUUCUUUGCGUCUCGUUCAAUUAUGAAAAUGACAUUUUUUUUUAUUGUAAGCCAUUCAAUAAAAUCCAAACGUUUGAACUAAUUUUAAAUUGGGGGAUGCUGAAAAUCCCCCGUCGCGCGGUCCUAGUUGCACCUAUGCCACUACUCCAUAAACGGCGUCAAUGAGUUUAUACCGCGCCGAAAUGUAUAGAACGACGCCCAAUUUGUCCGUCGAUCACGGCGAGCAAUUAUAAUAAUCGAUUUGGUACAUUUUUCCAAUGUUUUUUUCGUCAUAUUUUCAGACUCGAAAUAAUUCCAGAAGGCAAACACUUACUUCACUUCACGAUAGCUGGAAAUUUCAACACAAUUGUGGAGAACUUUCUCGCAGCGACCUAA